CUAAUCCACCUAUUUUUUAUCACUUUCCACGCUCGAACCGCGUUGCUAGUUUUUCCCUCUUCUUUAGCCCAUCACAGCUCUUAGCAAAACGUCGCAACUUGUGCGCAUGUCACUUCAUACUUUAUCUAACGAUUAUGCAUUUAUAGUGCCUAGUUGAGGUUCUUUAGCCCUUUAAUAACCACUUCGCGUUGGUUCAUGCCGAUUCAUCCCCGGCCACUUCGCUCCCCACACUCUCAGUCGCAAAUCCUCACGAUUGCAAUCCACCUACCGCCACCAUGGACCAAGCAGAUAUACCCGCAUUGCUGUCGCGACUUGCUAGCGACGAAGAUGCCGCGCGGAAAAUGGCUGUGUUCAAAUUGCAAUCCUCCAUAAACGAUCCUUCAUUUGCAGACGUCUUCAUCUCUUCUGGCGGUCUGAUCAUACUACGACGAUUGAUCAUGAGUACCGGCGGAAAUACACUCGCAUACUCGUUACAAAGUCUAAGUAGAUUACUCGAGGUCGAUAUGGGAUGGGAUAUCUUCGAGGGCCCUUCAGCAAGCGAUCUAGUCGAGCGCGUUGUCGAACUCAUCGUCACGAAUCCACUGGUUAACAUUCUUCGAGGUGCUAUGUCCAUUCUCGUUGCACUUGUCAGCCAUUCGCAGUCUACAUCGUCGGGAGGUCGUGCGCCUGUAACGUUCGGGUUCCGCGCAUUGAAGCCAGCCGUAGCUGUCUACCCGCAAUUCUUCGAACUCGUCAUCCAGCAACUACAAUCGGCCGAUCACGCUCUCUGCGCCAACGCACUUAUGUUGAUUAAUGCUCUCAUAAGGGAUGCUGUCUCGAGCGAAUCUGGUAACGAAAAUGGUAGGAUAGGCGGAAGUGGAGAAGAAUGGCCUAAGUUUAUAAGGCGAUUACAAGAUCUGGGCCUGAUUAAAUCGGUAUACAACCUGAUGCAGAGCUCGGCACUGCAAGACCUUGCGCACCCUUUAUUGGAGUUUCAGUCUCUUACUAAGGUACUGCUUCAAAAAUGGCGGCAGGUUCAGGUUGACGUCGAAAGGCCAGAACACAGGAGGGCAUUGAAAGGGCUUCAUCUUGCGAGCGCACCGAACAGAGACCAUGCGAACGGGAUCGGGAGAGUUGAGGAACUCCAAGAGUCUGGGAAAAAGGGGAGUAGGAGACAUAACCCUGAAAAAUGGAGAAGACUUGGCUUCGAGACGGAAAGUCCAGCUGCGGAGUUCGAUAAUACCGGUUUUCUUGGCUUAAUGGACCUUGCCGAUUUUGUGCGGAAGAACGAGGAUGGUUUUCAGAAAUUACUCUUGGAGCAGUCGACCAAACCACUCCACGAGCGCUGUCCUAUUGCGAGAUCGAGCCUAGCGGUUACGCUCAUCUUGUACGAACAUUUCGACUGCGAUAGAUCAGAAAUGGAAGACUUGAGGGGAUACCAGCUAUCAGAUGGGAAACAUCAAGACAAGCUAUUCCGCCCGUUACUCUUGCAAUGGUCCAGAUUACAUACAGGUGGACUUAAUGCAUUUUUCAAGUUAUGGAGGUCUACCGGCGCAGACCAGGAUGAUUUUGAAAAAGUAUCGGAAUUAGUUCGUAUACUUGUAGAUCAGGUUAUAGGACAGGCUGGUCGGUCGAAAGACAUUUUAGAGGUCGAGGAAGAUCUAGUGGAGUAUGAUUUUGGACGUUUGCGCGAGCUACAGAUGGAACUUCUAGAACUCUCCUUCGAUGACCAAUGGGGCCAACACCUUUACAAAGUACGGGACAGUCUAAACCAAGAAGCUCUUACAUUUGUCAAGGAACAACGGGUUAGGUGUCUGUUAGAGGGCUCCUGGUUUUCAAAACCAGUGCCACGAAAGGAUAGUCAGGGGACCAACUAUCAGAAUCGCCGUGGAACUGACGGCACACUUUGGCGGUACGCCAAACUGUCACACAACCGCCGUUAUCUCCACUACGCUGACUUCGGAUUACGGACUGGUCCGGAUCCAAACUUGGAUUCUCUAGCUGAGAAGGUGGAUUUGCGACAAGUCAGCUCUGUUGCUUCUAAUGUAUCCGCUCCGUCUACCGAGGCUAUAAACGGAACAAGCAACAGCACGAAAAUUACGAUCUUCGGUUACGUUAAUCCUGACGAAGUUGACAAAGCUAAGGACUUGAGCGAAGUCAAGGAGACGCCAUUACUCACUUUACAUCCCCUGAAUCAUAGCGUGGCCUCGGAAUGGCUCGACGGUUUAUUGAUGCUGCUAGGGCAAGCUCCGAUAACAUCGGAGACCAAUAAGCUUAUCAAGCUAGUCCAAGACUACGGUAUGAAGAUCAGGCUGCUUAAUGUUCGGAUGGAAGCUACCUAUACAGGACCUCCGGAAGGUGCUGGUGUAGUUCCGAGUAGAGAGGGGCUUAAUGAUGACUAUUGGUAUGAGAUCUGAGAUGGUUUUGGCCCUAUACACGAACGCGUAUGGGAUCCUUUGGGUGGCAUUGUUUAAUGUUAUUGACGUUAUCAUUCGGACAGAGAGUACAGAUCGCAUACUGUUCAUACGACCUUGCGAUCCAGGACAGAGAGAGGUCGUACUAUUGCACUGGUUUCCGAGCUAUUCGACAUUCAGAGACGCCCGCAAGGGAAGCUAGGGAGGUUCGCAUUGUCUGAGGAUACCACAUUUUGGUUUGCUACGCAUAAUGAUAUACCCAUGACUGAAUUGAGAAUCGCUGUUAUAAUGAGUUACUAGUCUACAGAUUAUGAUAUUGGUAUUAUACGUCUCCCCUUUA